AAAAAAAAAAUAGAAGCUUCGAUCUUUGCAUUCCAAUGGCGGAACUAGAGAGCCCAGUGUCUUCGGCGGCAGCAAUGCCGAGAGUGAUAGGGUUCCUGUCGUCUCUUCUGCAGCGAGUGGCGGAGUCCAACGACGUGAACCGGCGGUUCGAGCCGCAGAAGAUCUCGGUCUUCCACGGCCUAACCAGACCCACAAUCUCCAUUGAAAGCUAUCUCCAGAGGAUCUUCAAGUACGCCAAUUGUAGCCCUUCUUGCUUCGUCGUCGCCUACGUUUACCUCGACCGAUUCACCCAGUGCCAGCCAUUGUUGCCCAUCAACUCCUUCAACGUCCACCGCUUGCUCGUCACCAGCGUCAUGGUCUCCGCCAAGUUCGUGGAUGAUUUGUACUACAACAAUGCCUACUAUGCCAAAGUUGGUGGGAUAAGCACAGCAGAGAUGAACCUUCUUGAAUUGGACUUCCUAUUUGGUUUGAGCUUCCAAUUAAAUGUGACACCAACCACCUUUCACAGUUAUUGUUCUUACCUUCAAAGAGAAAUGUUGCUUCAUUCACCUCUACAAUUAGCACAACACCCUCUAGACACUCCUAAAUCUCUCAAGCUCCAUUAUUGCUUCAAUGAAGAUGAAUCUGCCCACCAAAAAGAGCUAGCAGUUUAGGCGGUUUUUCGGUACCGUAUAAUAGAGUACCGUAUAGUAGAAUUUGUAGAACUCUUUGUUUGCGUAGUAGAUGAAUCCCGAUAGUUUUUGUGGGCUCGAACCACCCCAUUUGAGAUUGGCAAGGUGAAAAGUGAAAGCUGGUAAGAAGUCAAAACUUUCUCGUUUGACUUGGCCUUCAAGCCAAGAGAAGUACUGCUAAAUUUCCAUCAUUAAACAAAAGGUUUUAAAGCUGCCUGAGCUCGUUUUGCUUGUUCCCCACAUCUUC